UUUCCUCAUUGACCUCUGUGCUCAUGGCAAGAGGAAACCAGACCAGCACCUUUGAGUUCCUCCUCUGGGGUCUCUCAGAACAGCCACAGCAGCAACAAUUCAUCUUCCUGAUCUUCCUGUGGAUGUACCUGGUCACUGUGACUGGGAAUCUGCUCAUUGUCCUAGCCAUUGUUACUGAUGUACAACUCCACACUCCAAUGUACUUUUUUCUUGCCAGCCUGUCCUGUGAUGACAUCCUUUUCACCUCCACUACAGUACCCAAGGCCCUGGUGAACAUCCACUCCCAGAGCAGGACCAUCUCCUAUGCAGGAUGCCUGGCCCAGCUCUACUUCUUCUUGACUUUUGGAGACAUGGACAUCUUCCUCCUGGCUACAAUGGCCUAUGACCGAUUUGUGGCCAUUUGUCACCCUCUCCACUACACAAUGAUUAUGAGCUUCAGGCGGUGCUCACUCUUGGUGGCAGCCUGCUGGACCCUUACAAAUGUUGUCGCCAUGACACACACCUUCCUCAUGUUCCGUCUCUCCUUCUGCUCCAAGAAGGUCAUUCCAGACUUCUUCUGUGACCUGGGACCCCUGAUGAAGAUUGCUUGCUCAGAAACCCGUAUCAAUGAGCUUGUGCUUCUCUUCCUGGGGGGCUCAGUCAUCUUAAUCCCCUUCUUGCUCAUCCUUGUGUCUUACAUCCGCAUUGUGUCAGCAAUCCUCAGGGUCCCUUCUGCCCAAGGGAGGCGCAAGGCCUUUUCUACCUGUGGGUCCCACCUUGCUGUGGUGUCCCUGUUCUUUGGGACAGUGAUAAGGGCUUAUCUGUGCCCCUCAUCGUCUUCCUCCAAUUCAGUGGUGGAGGACACAGCAUCUGCUGUCAUGUACACAGUGGUGACCCCCCUACUGAAUCCCUUCAUUUACAGCUUGCGGAACAAAGACAUGAAGGGAGCACUGGUCAGAAUUCUCAGGGGCAAAGUCUCCUUCUCCUGGGGCCAGUGA